UCCCCCGCCCCUCCGUUACGUCAGCACAAGAUUGUGGGCGGGAAGUUCCACGCCAGCCGCUCCUCAUCAUGGCUUCUAGUCAGGAGUUGACUUGCCAGAUGCAGAGGGCAAGAAAGCGCACGACAGUUAUAUCUGGCGGAAUGCAGAGAUACACCUGAAAAAAAGGUUGGAGGAAGAAGAAAGAGCAUCCCGAGCGAAAGCAACGUCGGCCUCUUCAAUGUCUUCAUUACGUGUCACCGGUAACGCGACGAAGAGCGGUAGAAACAUGAAGGACUACUCCAUCAACCUCUCGGUGCAGCAGGUCCUGAGCCUCUGGGUACAUGGCACCGUGUUACAGCACUUUACAGAAAUGUGGUACUGGGUGUUCCUGUGGGCCUUGUUCUCUUCACUCUUUGUCCAUGGAGCUGUGGGACUCCUCAUGUUUAUCAUGUUGCAAAGGCAUAAACAAGGAAGACUGAUCUCCAUCAUACUGGUCAGCCUUGGAUUCCUAGCCUCUGUCACUGGUGGGAUGAUAACCAGUGCCGCUGUGGCUGGAGUGUACAGGGUAGCAGGAAAGAACAUGGCCCCCUUGGAAGCUCUGGUGUUUGGUAUGGGACAGACCGUUCUGACAGUUGUCAUUUCCAUCACAAGGAUUCCUGCCACGCUGUGAAGCUCAUGCUUAUUGGUGAUGUUUCCUGAAAGUUUUGUCCUCUUUCGGUGUUUGGACCUGGUGAACAAGAGAUGAGUAACAGAAGAACAGCUGAAGCAUUUCACAGAUGGUAGCACCAGGUUACAAAUGAAUUGAGCAUCCUGUGGUGUUCAUGCUGUUGCACUAAUGCACCUUACGUGCCUCAAGUAUAGGCAUGGUGUAUGAGAAACACGGCGCAAAGUCUUCUGACAAAAGCACCUUGCAGAGUUAACAGUCGUUAAGCUUUGCCUAGAAGGAGAUAUCGUCUGCAGUGUUUAUAAAUUAAAAAAAAAAAAAGCCUGCAUUAGCAGACUUCAGGGACUUUUCUCUAAUUGCUGCAAAAUGUGCCAAAAUUACUUAUAAACAUGUCUGACAAGUAAAGAAAGGAGCAGAAGCUUCUUUAAGACUUCUUGAUACACUGGUAAAGAAUCUGCUCAGGUGCAGGUUUACAAAUGUUUGUGGGAACAUUGGCCAGCUCUUGUGUGAGUUGUUUUGUGUGUUUUGUUUUUUCUACUUUUACCUAGCUGCUGCCUAUUUUACUUAUUUUGAUUUGUGUGUGUGUGGGGGUUUUUAUUUAUAUAUAUAUAUAUAUAUAUAUAUAUAUAUAUAUAAUUUUUUUUUUUUCUUCAGUUUUUGUUCUGUCAUUUUUGCAUUGAAAUGGAAUACCACAGGGAGUUAGCUUAUAGUUUGAUUUUUGCUUUGGUAUUUAUGCUUGACUUAAAUGAAACAAUUUAGUACGUUUCCAUUUUCAUGCAAGCAUAGCAUGAGAUCAAUUUCAUUUACAAUUGGAAUGAUCUUCCUGCUCACCCAGCAACCAUACACAAAGCAGUUUCCAAAAUUCCACUUUCUUUUUUAAAAUUUCCUCUUGCUCAUCAUUCCACCUAAUCCUUCUAAGUGGUUAUGGUUUAGGCAUUUUUAUUUCUGAGGUAUUUAUCUGACAUACUUUUUUCAGAUGUUCUGUCUUUGUUUUUCCUAUGGAAAUCUCUCCACCUUGAUUUGAAAAGGAUUGUCCGGCUGUGAUUAACAAACCCAAGUUAAAAAGGGAAUCAUGUGGACUGUUUUUUCAUUCCUCCUUCCAUAAAUUCCAGUUAUUAGCUGCUUCAGAUUCACUUAGAAAUAAACAAUGGCACAAUAUUCACCGAAUCGCAGAGAAAAUACCACUCCAAAUGCAGGGCCCCAAUGUUGAGCACUAAAGAUUUAUUUUGAAAUGAAAAUUAGAAGAGUGAAAGAAAGGGUCCAGCUGUAGAUUGGAAUGACCCUUAAUGAAACAUGUUGAUUUCCUUUGAUUGUGACACAUAACGAUUUAAAGAGAAUUCCUCUGUGUUUGUUUGUUUAGGCCAGCUGGUCUUGUUUCCUUAUGUAGCUUUUUGAUUACAAUGUUCAUUUCCUGGAUUUUUAAACAUUUGCCUUGAACUCUUGGCCUGGAAUUCUUAUGAUGAUAGGUUUGGCUUUCUUUUAUUUACCACAUUGGUUCAUAGAUUCAGUCCUCUAGCCUUACAGUUUUCCUUUCAGCUGGUUUCAUAAUUAAAUCAAUAUUGCUGAGUAAACCUGUGACUGAAUUAGAUGGUGAUUAUUCCCAUCUGUCCAUGCAUUUUUGUCACAGAUUGUGUUGUGCAAAAGUAUGCAACUUUUCUUUUGAUUCCUUAAUUUUUAGUAACCUUUGUUGAGCCACUGGUUCAAUGCCAAUGCACAAUGACAUCUGUAAUUAAACAUAUACAAAGAUAUAAAGGCAAAAGGAUGAUACAUUAAUUGUGCCAUGUAUCUGAAAAGCAAUCUUUUUUUUUUUUUUUUUUUUUUUUUUUUUUUGAGAAACGUAAAAUAUAUAUGCUUUCAGAAUGCAGACUGAGAAAGGGAAUGCUCAGCAAGGCAGCAAAAACUGUCAGUUUAAUGUCAAGUAUAAUUUGGCUCAACGUCAAAUACACGCCUGUAAAAUCAAGUAUUAUUCAGCUGUAAAAAUGUAAAAAGAAAAAAAUUACAUUCUAGUCAGAUUAAAAAUAAAAAUGUAUGCAGUUGCAACAAGGGCUGGAACAAAGGAUACAAAAAUAUUAUUACCAUGUAGGAAAAUGUAAAUAUGGUUAUUUAAGAUAAUACAGCAGAGGUCAUCAGAUACAUUGGAUGGCCUCAGUGGCCGCAGAUUAUGUCUUCAAACAUUUUAUUAAUUAGAACCUAUUUAUUUGCUGGUAAAACAGUAUGUUUUUUCCGGCUUAAUGUUGGUUUACUGACUAUUUACAAUUCAGGAACCUUAAUUCCUAUUUUCAGUUUUAAAUAAAUGCAUUUAGGUUUUAAUUGUUAUAUUUUUUUUGAUAAGCCACUAGU